AUGCCACUAUCCAGCACAGACAAAGUCUUCCUCCACCGCACAAUCCAACUAGCCCAAGAAGCCCUAGAAGCAGGCAACGACCCCUUCGGCUCCCUCCUCGUAGACGCCAACAACAAAAUCCUCAAAGAAGACCGCAACCGCAUCCACACCGAAUCAAACCUGAGUCUCCACCCAGAAUUCACCCUCGCCCUCUGGGCCCAAAGCAAUCUCUCUGCUGCCGACCGCGCCGCCGCCACGGUUUACACCUCCGGCGAGCACUGUCCCAUGUGUGCGGCUGCGCAUGCGUAUGCGGGAUUGGGGCGGAUCGUGUAUGCUAGUUCGGCGAGGCAGCUGGAAGGGUGGAUGGUGGAGUUGGGGGCUAAGGAGGGGCCGGUUAAGGCGUUGGGGAUUAGGGAUGUUGCGCCUGGUUUGGUUGUUGAUGGGCCGGCGGCGGAUUUGGGGGGGUUGGUUUUUGAGUUGCAUCGGUUGAGGAAGGAGAGGGUUGAUGCCGAGGCGGAGAUAAAGGUCAAUAUAUCCUGA